CGUCGCGGCUUCCGGGAGAGGCGGGGGCAGCGGAUCCAGGUGCGGCGCUCGGUUCUGCCCGCUCCGCGCCCUCGGCCGCCGCCAUGGCCCGCAAGAAGCUGCACCGGCCCAUCGCCGCCAUGGCCAAGAAGAUCCGCGAGUACCGGGCGCUGAAGGAUCGGCCGCGGGACUCUCGGCGCUUCGCCGUGGACUACGAGACCAUGCGGCGGCCGCUGACGCAGAAACGGCUGCCUGUGCGGGCCUGGGAGGACGUGCGGAACGAGAACCGACUGCUGGCGCUGCUCUGCCGCCUGCCGCGCUUCGGCGUGGGCCGCACCGUCACCCGCAAGUCCUGGCUGUGGGCGCACCGCGAGCCCUGCUACUGGGUCAUCACCAAGGUGAAGGCGGACUACACGGCCGAGAACAUGGACCAUGGAAGAGCCUGGGGCUACCUGACCUUCAAAGGCAAAACUGAAGAGGAAGUGAGGGAGAUUGACAAAGUCAUGUACCAUGACUGGCGUAUAGUGCCCAAACACGAGGAGGAAGCCUUCAAGCAAUUCACCGCAGUGUCUGAGGUAACUGUUCGGUUCCUGCCAUACCCACCACUGCUCCGAGCCAUGAUCCUUGCACAGUGGCAAAAGGAGGGAAAACCAAUAAUGGAAGAGCCAGUUAUUGAUCUGGAGAAGGUCCUGGCCUGUUCCCAAGAGUGGGCAAAGAAAAAAGCUACUGGGACACCGGUAUAGAGACUUCUUCAAUGUCCUAAGCAUCCCAUGUGCUCUCACUGCCUGUUAGGCAUAAAGGGUCUUACAGAGCCCCUCUGUGCCCAUUUUCCUGGGAUGUUUCCAGCUUUCUCCACAGCCCUGUACAGUCACCUCAUCUGAAAGAGAAGAUGCAGAUAUAUUCAGACUCUUCUUCCAUAACUUUGGUUUCAGUGAGCAGAGGAGUCUUCUUGGUUCCCUGGAUAGUCUCUAAAUACACAGCUUCAGUCAGCCAGCUGCAGUUCUUUGGAGUAUAACAUUUUUUACAUAACUUGAGUCCUGCAUGAAUCACAGAAAAAUGACUGUAAAUAUCACAGUAUUUCACAGAGCUGUGAAAGAAUGUAUCUUCAAAUGGAAAUAAAUGUUUUCUUAAUUCAACAGCA